AUGGCCUCAUCCCGCGCCUGGACAUUCACCAACCGCGGCAGCCCCCGCUCCGUUCUCUCCCUCGUCUCCAGACCAGCCCCAACCCUCCCACCAGCGCCCCAUCUCCUCGCAAAAGCCAAACCCGUCCCCGGCGCCGUCGACGGCAACCAAUGGCUCCUCGUUAAAGUCGCACACGCGGCCCUGAACCCGGGCGGACACCUCUACAUCACCAAGCUACCCGGCGCCGUGCGCGCAAAGACGGCGGUGCCGGAUUGGGACCUAAGCGGGAUCGUAACGGACGUGUGGAGCCCCGACUCCGGUUCCGGUGCCGGUUCAAAUAUGGGUACAUCGACGCCCACCAACGCCGGACCCAGCACAACAACCGCAGCAGCAGUCAGAGGAAAUAGUAUCCCCCGCUUCGCAAAGAACGACCGCGUCGCAGCCUUCCUCCCCAUAUCCUACGCCUGGCCAACCGGCACCGGCGCCCUGGCAGAACACGUCCUCCUGCCCGCACGCUACGCCGUCCCCGUCCCCUCCCACGUCUCCCUCCGCGAUGCGAGCUGCGUCAUGACGGCAGGCUGCACCGCCGCCGUGACCAUCCGCGCGACGGGCCUCAAAAGGGGCGACAGGGUCCUCGUCAACGGCGCCAGCGGCGGCAUCGGGUCUCUAGCCGUGCAAAUGGCGCGCGCCAUCGUCGGCCGGGAGGGCCACGUCGUCGGCGUCUGUUCGGGGCGCAACGCGGAAAUGGUGUUGGGGCUGGGCGCCGAUGAGGUCGUGGAUUAUACUGCGAGUCUUCCGGUGCCUGUGUCAAAAGUGUUGGGGGAGAAGUUCGGGGCCGAGGGGAGAAAGUUUGAUGCUGUUGUUGAUUGUGUUGGUGUGCAGGAUGUCUAUGUGCACUGCGCAGAGUAUCUGAAGCCCGAGGGCGUAUACUCUGCGGUGGGGAUCAAGCCGGCUGACCAGUCCGUCGGGGCCCUCGUCAAGGCGGGCUGGCAGAUGCAGAUGAAUGCGCUGUGGCCUCGUUCGACUUGGUUAGGCGGCACUGGGAGGCGGUGGGUUGCGACGGCGAUGAUGAAUCCUGGGACGGCGUUGAUGAAGGAGGUUGUUGCUAUGCUAGCGGAUGGGAGCAUCAAGGCGGUCGUGGAGAGAGAAGUUGGAUUUGAGGAGGCUGUGGACGGUGGGAGGGCACGGGGGAAGGUUGUUGUCAAUGUCGGUGGACAGUGA